CUGACUCCAGUUAGCAAAGUGGGCACAAGAGACUCCCAUAAUGUUGUUUCGCCGUCUGCAGUUCAACCGGUGGGCUCAUUAGAUUAAACGCCCGUCAUUGUGUAGCAGUGCUUUCAGAUAAAUGCCGUAUCAGCGGCUAACGUUACUUUGUUUUGUUAUUCGUAACCAACUUUUGAGCUCCUUAAAGCUAACGUUGGCCUGCUAAGUUACCCGGUGUUACAUGUGAGACACCGAGCUUGGCACCAGCCGUCGCACACAUUGCCCAGUUAUACCUGUGUCCAGUGAGGGGCAGCCCACGGAUACGGCAUGUCCUCCCAGGGAGAUGGAGCUGCAGAGCCGGGCCCCGAAGCGGUGGCGCCACCACUUUCUCCCUCCGCCGAGACCGGUGCCACCAGUGGGGACAUCAUCACCGUCACCAUUGGAGCAACCGUGCCCACAGGGUUCGAGCACACCGCUGCGGAGGAGAUCAAGGAGAAAAUUGGGGUGGACGCACGAAUUAGCAAAGAUCGGGGUCGUAUAUACUUUCCAAUAACCACUGACAAGCUUUUCCUGGUUCAUCUUCUGAGGUCUGUGGACAACCUGUUUGUUGUGGUUGAGGAAUAUGAACAUUACCAGUUCAAGGAAUCAAAGGAGGAGACAUUGAUGGAGUUGCAGCAGCUUGCCUCCAAACUCCCCUGGACUAAUGCCUUAGAGGUCUGGAAACUAAAUGGCACCCUAAAAAAGAAGAAAGGCCACCGGAAAGGAGGGAAUGGUGCUAAAGUAAAAUCCAGCAGUGAGGCCAGUGAUACAACCGUGGCUGACACUGAGCCCCAAGAGCUACCUCAGGCAGUGUCUGCUGAAGGCAAGAGAGAGGCGGAGGGCACACCUGACACGGAGACUUGCAAGCAGGACCCAGAAGAGCAAACACCUGGGGUCAAACUCAUCAAGUUCCGUGUGACGUGCAACAGGGCCGGUGACAAACACAGCUUCUCCUCUAAUGAGGCAGCCAGAGACUUUGGUGGGGCCGUACAAGAGUUCUUCUUGUGGAAAGCAGACAUGACAAAGUUCGACAUAGAGGUUUUACUAAACAUACACAAUGAAGAGGUGGUGAUUGGCAUUGCACUCACAGAAGAGAGUCUUCACAGGAGAAACAUCAGUCACUUUGGACCCACUACACUGCGGUCUACCUUAUGCUAUGGCAUGCUCAGGCUGUGUAAACCUCAGGCAUCCGAUAUAAUACUUGAUCCAAUGUGUGGGACUGGAGCUAUACCACUGGAGGGGGCCAUUGAGUUUAACAGUUCAUUCUACAUCGCCGGUGACAACAAUGACAUGGCAGUUAACCGCACAGUCAAUAAUAUAUGUCACAUCCAGAAAAGGAGGGCAGACAAGGGCAGUGUAUCUGGGUUGCCCAUUGACACAGUGCGUUGGGAUCUGUGCAAUUUACCCAUAAGGACCAGCUCUGUUGACAUUAUCAUCACUGACAUGCCCUUUGGGAAGAGAAUGGGCUCUAAGAAGAAGAACUGGGACCUUUACCCCUCCUGUCUGAGAGAAAUGGCCCGUGUGUGCAGACCAGGCUUGGGAAAGGCUAUUGUGCUGACACAGGAUAAGAAAUGCUUUGCCAAGGCUGUUUCCAGGAUGGGGGGACUGUGGAGGAAGCUGCACACUGUUUGGGUCAAUGUCGGGGGUUUACAUGCUGGAGUCUACCUCCUCAAGAGGACCGGGGCCGUGUUUGGCCAAACUCCUGAGGAUGUCCAUGAAUCACGAGGAACAGUUAAUACACAGUGGGAUGAGAAGGCCGACAAGGAGCGCAUUUAAAUUCAGAAUUUACAUUUGAGGCUAUGUAAGGUUAUCUUUAUUUAUUUUAUUUUUGAAGAUUUAACUUCUUUAUUCAGGUUCUCUGCUCAACCAUGCCAAGCAGUUAUAUUGUAUGAUUUUUGUAUUUCUCAUUUUGGUUUAUUGUGAUAAAUUGAUAACUGGAGAAAAAAAAGCUAUUACACAUGUUCAGCAUAAGUUUAAUGGUUCUCACACUGUGUUUGACUGUAGUUCAUUCAUCAUGUUGCUUUUCAGAAACCUGCUGAAGGUUUCAUUGAACCCCUCCAUCUGCUGUGUCCACUUUACAGGAAGUGGACAUUGCCAUUUGUUCUGAUCAAUAAAGGUUCAAACUAAAUGUCA